CCCAUCAUGGCGGCUGAAGAAGCUGAUGUGGAUAUCGAAGGGGACGUGGUGCCAGCCGCCGCACAGCCAGGAAGUGAUGAAAAUACAGCAUCUGCUUUACAAGAUCACUAUCUUGAUUCAUCGUGGAGAACUGAGAAUGGUCUUAUUCCUUGGACUCUGGAUAGCACCAUCAGUGAAGAGAACAGAGCUGUCAUUGAGAAGAUGUUGUUGGAAGAAGAGUAUUACUUAUCUAAAAAAUCACUUCCAGAAAAAUUCUGGCUUGAUCAAAAGGAAGAUGAUAAAAAAUACAUGAAGAGUCUACAGAAAACAGCAAAAAUCAUGGCACACUCUCCUACAAAAACAGCCAGUUACUCAGUAAAGUGGAAGAUAGAAGAAAAAGAGCUGUUUGAACAAGGGCUGGCUAAAUUUGGCCGAAGGUGGACCAAAAUUGCAAAGCUAAUUGGAAGUCGCACUGUUUUACAAGUUAAGAGUUAUGCCAGGCAGUACUUUAAAAAUAAGGUAAAAUUAGAUGGUCCAGAGAAGGAAACACCAAAUGAGAAGAGCAGCAGUGACCCUCAGAUUAAAAAUGAAGAUGAAGGCACAAAGGCAUGGACACCAUCAGGUUUAAGGGGACGUGCUGAUCCCAACUUGAAUGCUAUAAAAAUUGAAAAGUUAUCUGAUGAUGAAGAAGUAGACAUCACAGAUGAGGCAGAUGAGUUGACUUCUCAAGCUCCCCAAAAGAAUCCUAGCAAUGAUGUCUUAUUAAACAUUCCUAAUAGUAAAAGUCAUGAAACCAGUCAAGGGGAAUUUAUUGCUUCCAACCAGGAAGAUUCUGUAUCUGAAUCUUCCAAGGAGUAUUUUCAGAAUAUAAAGCAGGGAGAAAUGGAAGCACUUUCAAGCUCAGGAAGUAAAUUUUGGACUGAAAAACAGAGCGUUAGUGACAAAAAAUCAGCUGAGUUAAAUGAUCAGAAAUGUAAUAAACUGAUGAAAAACUCUGAAAAACAUGAUGGAAAUGGAAUAAUAGAUGCUGCCAGGCCGUUGCCUUCUCCAGAGCCUUGUGAAGUUCAGGAAGACUUGAGUGAUACUGAAGUGCUUUUUCAUUCUUCCUGUCAAAUGGAGGAGAGCCAUGAGGAGGAAGAGCUGAAGCCACCAGAACAAGAAGUAGAAAUAGAUAGAAAUACCGUUCAAGAAGAAGAAAAACAAGCAAUUCCUGAGUUCUUUGAGGGGCGCCAAGCUAAAACACCAGAACGCUAUUUGAAAAUUAGGAAUUACAUUUUGGAUCAGUGGGAGAUAUGCAAACCGAAAUACUUAAAUAAGACCUCAGUACGUCCUGGCCUGAAGAACUGUGGGGAUGUUAAUUGUAUUGGACGGAUUCAUACAUACCUCGAGUUGAUAGGAGCAAUCAAUUUUGGAUGUGAACAGGCUGUGUACAACAGGCCACAACCAGUUGACAAAGGACGAGUCAGAGACCGAAAAGCUACAGGGGAAGCGUACCGGCUUGCACGGCGCCUGCAGUCUGCGCGCACAAGGAGACGUAGGGUCCGAGACCCAUGGGGAAAUUGGUGUGAUGCAAAAGACUUAGAAGGACAAACCUUUGAGCAUCUCUCUGCUGAGGAAUUGGCAAGAAGAAAAGAGGAAAAAUGUAAACCUGUUAAAUCCUCAAAAGUACCAAGACCAACAAAAAGCUCAUUUGAUCCCUUCCAACUGAUACCUUGUAAUUUUUUCAGUGAAGAAAAGCAGGAGCCAUUUCAGGUGAAAGUGGCUUCAGAAGCACUUUUAAUAAUGGAUUUGCAUGCUCAUGUUUCUAUGGCAGAAGUGAUUGGUCUAUUAGGAGGAAGAUACUCAGAAGUUGAUAAGAUAGUUGAAGUCUGUGCAGCAGAGCCAUGUAACAGUCUGAGUACAGGACUGCAGUGUGAGAUGGAUCCUGUCUCACAAACACAGGCCUCAGAGACCUUGGCUGUGAGAGGUUAUAGUGUUAUUGGAUGGUAUCAUUCUCAUCCUGCCUUUGAUCCAAAUCCUUCCUUACGAGAUAUUGACACUCAAGCCAAAUACCAGAGUUACUUCUCCAGAGGCGGUGCAAAGUUCAUUGGAAUGAUUGUUAGUCCUUAUAAUCAGAGCAAUCCUUUACCUUAUUCCCAGAUUACCUGCCUGGUUAUAAGUGAUGAAAUUAGCUCAGAUGGCUCUUACCGUUUACCUUACAAAUUUGAAGUACAACAGAUGCUGGAAGAACCUCAGUGGGGAUUAGUGUUUGAAAAGACAAGAUGGAUAAUAGAAAAAUAUCGGUUAUCCCAUAGCAGUGUCCCUAUGGAUAAAAUCUUUCGCCGGGAUUCUGACCUGACUUGUUUGCAGAAACUUUUGGAGUGUCUGAGGAAAACUCUGAGCAAAGUGACUAACUGCUUCAUUGCUGAAGAAUUCUUAACUCAAAUAGAAAAUUUAUUCCUUUCCAAUUAUAAAAGCAAGCAAGAGAAUGGAGUGGCUGAAGAGAACUGUGCUGUGGGUCCAAAGGAAUUGUUAAUGUAAUUAUUUUAAAGGAAGACCUUUUAAUCUUGACAUAGUAGAUCCUUCUUGAAAUUAUUGUAAUUUAGCUAAU